UCAAAGGUGGCUGCCGGUGUGUUCCGAAGCACCAGAUUCCAACACGAGCUGUUUCUAAUCAUUUCUCAUAUUGUUUACUCGUAUAUUUUCCAUUCCCGAGCUGUUGUCUAGCUUGCAGUUCACGAACUAUAACUAGCUCCAGUAGUGCCACAGCGGUGAUACCGUAGUAUCAAAUUAGUUACAUCCUGCCCGAGCAGCCAGUUGGCCACGCGUUAGUCAGCAAUUGCACGUGAAUCUUCGCGUAGACUCGCAAAGUGUUUGCAAUGUGAAUUCGCACGUUCGACGAUCUACCAACAGUAUCUGCUGAACCUUUUCCCGGCACUAUUAGUAAUAGUUUUGGCGGCAGACGGAGCCGCAGUGGCGCGCGUCUUGCGGUGACCAAGGUCGUCGCCUUCGUUGUAGUUUUCGGUGGAUGCCACCGUGGCAGUGAGUGCAAAUUUCUGAGAUUCUUCGCGUGACACUUGUAAUACCCUUGAUUCUUCGUGCCAUAACUUUGCCAGAGAGUUCGUGCUCUUGCCAUCUGUGAAAAGUGUUUGCCCCAACGUUUUAUCGAUACAAGAAAAGGAGACGCACGGUAUCUGAUCUGAAUUGAAUUUUGGAGUUAGGUGAUAUUGACCUUUGUGAGCAGAAGAAAAUUUUCAAUUUGUGCAAUGGCCACUAAAGAAGGCGAAGAGGGCCCAAUGCAUUUGAAGCGUUGCUCGACGGAGAAGCUUCGUGAAAUAUUCACCAAAUAUGCCACACAGGAAGUCAACGGUGAACUGUACAUGACCAGCGAUGACUUCGUGAGGGGUUUCCUCGGACAAUCAUAUAAUGAGGAAUCGGUCACACUGUUGGCCGGUAUCGCAGACACCAGCAAGGAUGGGCUGAUCUCGUUUGCCGAGUUCCAAGCGUUCGAAGGUCUGCUCUGCACACCGGACGCCCUGUACAAAACCGCCUUCCAGCUGUUCGAUCGCAAUGGUAACGGUUCGGUGACGUACAGUGAGUUUGUCGAUGUUUUCAAAAAGACAGAUCUGCACGCUAAAAUCCCGUUCAAACUGGACGGUCCAUUCAUACAGCUCUACUUCGGCAAGGACCGGCAGCGAACGAUCAACUAUGCGGAGUUUUCACAGUUUUUGCAUGACUUUCACGAGGAAUGCGCGUUGGAAGCGUUCCGAAUGAAGGACACCUCCGGGUCCGGGUUCAUCUCGGCACUCGAUUUUCAGGAUAUUAUGGUUAAUGUGAAGAAACACCUGCUGACGGCCGACGUCAAGGAUAAUCUAGUGGCGGUCACAGAAGGACACAAGGUCAGCUUUCCCUACUUCAUGGCAUUUAACUCGCUGCUAAACAAUAUGGAGCUCAUCAAGCGGAUCUAUCUGAACGCAACGGGAGGAAAUCGAACGGAGCCCAUUACCAAAGACGAACUUCUCCAGUCGGCACAAACCAUGAGCCAAAUCACUCCGCUGGAAAUCGAUAUUCUUUUCCAGCUGACGGGAGCAAUCCAUCAAACGGGUGUUUGGUGGAAGCGUAGAAAAGUAAUUGAGAAGAAUAGGCGAAUCGUGUACGGCGAUUUGAGCAGUAUUGCACCGGAACACUAUACCAAACAUAUCACAACUAGGCUAACGGAAAUUAAAGCCGUGGAAUCACCUGCUGAUCGGUCGAUAUUCAUCCAGAUGCUGGAAAGCACCUACCGCUUCACGCUGGGCUCCGUUGCUGGAGCCGUUGGUGCUACUGCUGUCUAUCCAAUCGAUUUGGUCAAGACGCGAAUGCAGAACCAGCGAACGGGAUCGUUCAUCGGUGAAGUGGCCUACCGGAACUCGUGGGAUUGUUGUAAAAAGGUCAUCCGCCAUGAAGGCUUUCUCGGGCUUUACCGAGGUCUGGUGCCGCAGCUGAUGGGUGUGGCACCGGAGAAAGCCAUCAAGCUGACCGUGAACGAUUUCGUGCGUGAUAAAUUAACCGACAAGCAGGGUCAAAUUCCACGUUGGGGGGAAAUACUUGCUGGUGCUUGCGCUGGUGGGUCCCAGGUUAUUUUCACCAAUCCGCUGGAAAUAGUCAAGAUUCGCCUGCAGGUAGCAGGUGAAAUCGCCGGCGGAGCCAAGGUGCGAGCCUGGAAUGUGGUUCGCGAGUUGGGUCUCUUUGGCCUGUACAAGGGUGCCCGCGCUUGUUUGCUUCGUGAUGUGCCAUUUUCUGCCAUUUAUUUCCCAAUGUACGCUCACACAAAAGCUGCCUUUGCCGAUGAAGAGGGCUACAAUCAUCCACUAACACUGCUGGCGGCCGGUGCUAUUGCCGGUAUUCCAGCUGCUUCCCUGGUUACCCCGGCUGAUGUGAUCAAGACGCGACUCCAGGUUGUGGCCCGUACGGGACAAACCACCUACAGCGGGGUGAUCGAUGCAGCCCGGAAAAUCAUGGCCGAAGAGGGACCCCGUGCCUUUUGGAAGGGAACAGUUGCCCGAGUCUUCCGCUCAUCACCUCAAUUCGGUGUUACGCUAGUUACUUAUGAACUCCUGCAGCGAAUGCUGUACGUCGACUUUGGCGGUUCGAGGCCGGCCGGUUCGGAUGUGGCGCAGGCCAAACAGGAACUGUCCAAGGUGAACCCGGACCACAUCGGUGGUUACCAGGCGGCCCUACCGAUGCUGAAUGGAAUCGAGACCAAGUUCGGCUUGAGCUUACCGCGGUUUGCGUCGACUUUGAAGGUGCCCUCGGCCAAACAAGCUUCCUGAAACCUGCUUGGAUGGUUUAGGGGAACUGCGGGCGACGGUGGAGAGGAUGGCCGCCGCGGAGGAGGUAACAAACGUUGGAGUAACUUCUUCUGGUAGCGACAGAACUUGGAGUGAACUUGGAGGUGUGACUGGACUGGACGAACGCCAAAAGCGCGCGAAGAGUAUUUAUCGAGAUGGACGUGUGUGGAAUGUGUUGUGCGCUGAGAGCUACCGGGCUCGGUAGGAAUUGAAGUUACAAUAUGGAGGAAAGCGUGACGCACGCCGGAUGCUAUUAGUCUAGAAAUGUUAUAGAGCGUGAUAGUUCUAUUUUAAUUCACUAGUUCACAAAACGUCAACGUCCGAAAUGAUUUAGUGAUUUUCGUUAUCAAUCAUUUGAGUGAGAUUAAUCGUUUUUAAAGUUUAAAUUUUGUACACCGGAAAAUUGACGAAAAAGAUAUAAGAGAGAAUAAAGUGCAUUUGUUUUAUUUUUACAAAGAA